AAGUGAAUAAUAUCUUAUGCAGCUUUAUGAAAUAUAUAUGUGUGUGUGCUCACAUUCAAUUUUAUUUAUCGGCCGUAAUAUAUAUACCAAUAAUAUUAUAACCAAAGGACAUUUUCACACCGACGCCUUUCUUCUAAGUCACUGAAGAGUGUGUGCUGCUUUAGUGAACUGUUCAUGACUCAGACUGAAUUCAUACUAAUACACCGGACGAUAAACCAACAAGUUUAUUUUCUCCUUCAGACGCGUUGACUGGAGAAGACUAGAUCCUCCUGAAGGGUUUAUUUUGGGCGGUCUCUCUCUCUCUCUCUCUCUCUCUCUGGGCGCUGACUUAUCUCACCAACAGGGGCUUCUGUGUUAACUGAGGCUAAAUAAACACAGAUGAACUGUCGAGCACAUUCACAAAAAUGUCCUGGCAAUGUCUGCCUGACUUCACAAGAGCCUGGAAACCGCAGGAGCAGCGCGUCCCUCGCAGACACACGCUGACAUGAGCUCCGAGCAGGAGAAGAAGACCUGAUGAGCGCGCCGCUCUGACGCUUCCAGCUUCUCACGGGACUUUUAGAGAUGAAGAACCCUCAUCUGAACGAGAUCCUGCCCUCGGGAGACAAGAGACUCAAGCGCAAAGCGAGGGAGCCGACGAAGCGCGGCGGCGACGAGCGCCUGCCUUACUUUAAACUGUACAGAGACGCGCACCUCGCCGCGGAGACAGACGCGCGCGGCUCCCGAAGCCUCGACAGCGCGUUCGGUGCCGCGGUGGACAUGAGGAUCAACGCCGGAGAGAAGCCUGUCAGCGGCGGGAGCGCUCCGGCGCAGGGCUUUCCUCUGGAGCGAGCCUUGCCUCAGCGCGCCGCCUCUCAGGCGCCUGGCGAGAGCGCGGAGCCGCCUCGGGAACGCGCCGGCGAGCCCUCGAUCAAAGCCAUCCAGCAGACGCGCCGACUGCUCGCGAACGCGCGCGAGAGGACGCGCGUGCACACCAUCAGCGCAGCCUUCGAGGCGCUGCGAAAACAGGUGCCCUGCUACUCGUACGGCCAGAAGCUGUCCAAGCUGGCUAUAUUAAGAAUCGCUUGCAACUACAUACUGUCGCUGGCUCAGCUGGCAGACCUGGACUAUACUCCGGACCAGCGGCAGCUGAGCUUCAGGGAGUGUGUGGAGCAGUGCACCCGGACGCUGCAGGCCGAGGGACGCUCCAAGAAGAGGAAGGAAUGAACUGAAGAAAGUGAAGGUGGAGAAAGAAGGACCUCAAUCCAUCGACAUGAAAGUCAUGAAAGUGUGACGUGAUUUUACACUUUACUACAGAGAGAGAACCAAACCGCUCCGGGCUCUGAAGGAUAUGCUCUUCUACAACUUUUGCACAGCAGAAGCACAGAUGAUGUGAAAUCAGCUCAUUUCUAUUGCUGCAGCAGACUGGUUAUUUAUUUUUUCGUUUGUUCUUAUACAACUCAAACACAGCUAGCUAAUUUGAUCAAGAAAUGUCCUGCCAUGUGCAAGAAAGUGCACAUUUCCUUCCUUUUUGUAAUCCAUGUAAUUGUUAUAUUUUAUUUCAUCAAAUACAUCAUAAACAAUCAUAUAACUGAAAAUGCAUAUAAUAAAUUCAGCACUCAUCUCUUGUCUUCCAUUCGGUUUGUAUUAACAAUCCUUCUUGUUCUUAUCAGGAGUCUCUGUGACUCUGUUAGCAAGUCGCUGACUGUAUUUUAUAAAUGUAUUUACUGUUGAAAUACUUUGUUGUAAUUAAACGUAGUCCAAGAAUUCA